AUGUCACAGACAACGACUCCCCUCAAGUACGCAUGGCUUUCCCAGGUCGACCCCGUCUGGGCACCUAUCCAGCAAGAAUGCGACGCGCUUUUCCGUGUGUUUUGGGACCUCCCCGCCGAAAGAUACCAGGAAGCCUGGAAAUCGAAUCCGCUCGUCAUGCCAGCAGGAACCCCGAUGGACCUGGAAGUGACAUUCAAGACGAUUCCAUUCAGGGACGGGUACGAGGCAGAGCUCAAGAUUUACAAGAACAUUGGAAAGUUGAAGGCCAUGGGCAAGAAAGGAGAGAGCGCACCACUUAUGCUCGUCGCACACGGGGGCGGCUGGAUGAUGGGCGAUCAUGCCGUCGAGGAGGGCGUUUGCCGGUACACCGCCAAAGAAACAGGAGCCGUGGUGGUCAGUGUGGAUUACAGACUUGCGCCCAACUAUCGCUUCCCACAGCAAGUGAACGACUACUACGACGCAUUCAAAUGGUGUAAAUCGAACGCCUCCGUCUUAGGCAUUGAUCCCUCUAUGAUCAUAACCUGCGGCAGCUCCGCAGGCGGCAACAUGGCCGCUGUCCUCCCGAUCAUUGCACGGGAUCAGAACGAAGGCGGCAUCAUAGGACAGCUGCUCAACAGCCCGGUCCUGUGUCAUCCGAAAUACUUUCCAAAGGACAAAGGGUACGAAUACAACAGUUUUCAACAAAACAAAUACUCCUCGAUCUUGGGAGAGGAGAACAUGCUUAAUUGCUGGUCUGAAUAUUAUCCCAACACUGGGCCUGACGUCUACGCGAACCCCUUACUAGUAGAGUCGGUCGAAGGCCUGCCACCUGCGUUGAUGCAAAUUUCCGGAAUGGAUCCAUUACGAGACGAAGAAUUUGCGUUCGCAGAUAGGCUCAAAAAAGCUGGCAUUCCGGUCGACGUCGAGGUCUUUCCCGGGCUGCCUCAUGGGUUCUACACCUUUCCGCAGUUGGAAGCGACAACGAAAUACUUCAAACAGUCUGCGGCUUGGGUCAAGAAGCUUUUGGAAGCGAAAAGAUGGGAUGCUUAA